AUGUCCUCCUCCUCUUCUUCGCUGCAUCUCAACGGCUUGCCUCUGCGCUCAGCCUUGAAAACAGACGACGAAACGGACAAGUCCUCCUCAGUCGCAAGUCCCGGCAAAGUCGUCCAAAUCGCUGAGCCAGAGGCUGAGACUGUAGCUGCUCCCAGUGCUGAGCACCAGGCUCAUCACAAGAGACAAUACGCCGCCAACAUGGCCAAGAGACUGACUGGCCGUCUGCCCUCUUUUUCCGAGUCCUCAUCCCGCUCGUCCCCGGUCCUGGAGCCUGUUCAAUCUCCCGAGGAAAUCGCCGCCUCCCAGCAGCAUCAGCACCAGCACCGCCAUGGCCAAAGACAUUUGUACCAGAGCCAGAAGCUACUGGCUCAACUGAGCGACUGGCUUGAGCACGAAAAGAAAAAGAAGGCUACUCGCAAGAGCAAGACUUCUCCUCGCCGCCGCUCUCCCCAGUCAAAGACCAAAACUGAAGCUCAAGCUGAGCCUGCGCCCCAGGCAGCCCCGCGCUCCCGAUCUGACUCUAUCGACUCUGACUCCAGCGACGUGUCAUUCGACAGACUGCAAAAGAUCAUUGACGAAAGUAUGGCGUCCUUGGGCAUUAGCUCUGUUCCCCAGUCGGGCCCCAGACUUGGUAGACGCACCUCCGGCCGCCUCAAGAAGUCCAUCUCGCGCAGCAUGCUUCAUAGGACGGCAAGCUCCGAUACUGACUACAUCGACGGUGACGUUGUUGUUCCCACCUGCGAUGCCGUCCUGGACAACUCAAAGACUCUCAGCUACAAUGCGGGCAAGAGCACCGACGACCUGUCCCUCGGCGGCAAGGUGGACGACAAGGAGAAGGCCUGGGCGAUCUUCAAGAAUGAAAUCGUUCGCCUCGCACACACGCUCAGGAUCAAGGGCUGGAGAAGAGUUCCGCUGGACUGCGGCAACCGCCUUUCCGUUCAGCGCUUGAGUGGAGCGCUCACCAACGCCGUAUACGUGGUUUCGCCUCCCACGGAUCUGGAUGACGCUGCCUCUGGCAGAAAGCCUCCCCCGAAGCUCCUCCUCCGAAUCUACGGCCUUGAGCACUUGAUCGAUCGUGAAAAUGAGCUCAGCGUGCUCCGUCGAUUGGCACGUAAGAAGAUUGGCCCAAGACUCCUCGGAUGCUUCACAAACGGCCGUUUCGAGCAAUACUUCAACUCGAUCACUCUCACACCUAAGGAUCUGCGAGAGCCAGACACGUCAAGGCAGAUUGCCAAGCGUAUGAGAGAACUUCACGAUGGCAUCGACGUCUUGGAGAAGGAGAAAAAUGAAGGUGCUGCAGUGUUCAAGAACUGGGAUACUUGGCUCGGUAACGUCGAGAAGAAGAUCCUCGCUCUCGACGAAGACGUCCGCCGCGGAUCCAGCGUCUUCUCGGGCCAGGGCUACGUCUGCGGCGUGGAAUGGGCACAGUUCAAGGCUCUGUACGAGAGGUACCGCGAGCUGGUCGUCAAGGCCUACAAAGGUUCCCAAGGAAUCCGUGAGCGUCUCGUCUUUGCCCACAACGACACACAAUAUGGCAAUAUUCUCCGUAUGCGUCCGGACGAUGAAAAGUCCCCUCUCCUCCAACCAGCAAACGAACACAAGCAGCUUAUCGUCAUCGACUUCGAAUACGCCGCAGCCAAUGUCCCAGGCCUCGAGUUUGCCAACCACUUCACAGAAUGGGCCUACGACUACCACUACGAAGCCGCACCCUAUCUUUGCAACACGGCCCGCUACCCGACAAUCCAGGAGCAGCGCCGCUUCCUCAAAGCGUACGUCGAGCACCGGCCGCAGUACCCCCACGGCGGCGCCUCCACCCCUCGUCUCGCACCCGCCGAUGGCGCUCCUGUAGGCAGCACCACGCCGGCUCUCCUCCCUACCACCUCGUCCAGCUCCAUUGUCGAGUUCAUGCUCGACGCCCGCGUGCCCCCGGGACACUGGAAGGAAGAAGAGCGCCGCGCAGAUGAGGCCAUCGAAGAGGAGGUUAAGGAGCUCUAUGAGGAGACCCGCCUCUGGCGCGGUAUCAAUAGCGCGCAGUGGGUCGCCUGGGGUAUCAUUCAGGCCAAGGUCCCCGGGUUCGAGUCGCCCGAGGAGAAGGAGCAGCAGGAGAAGCAGGCGCAGAACGAGGCGGCGGCCGCUGCGGGCGACGAGGCCGCCAAGGCGGAGUGUCAGGCCGCUGCGGAGGCGGAGGCUGAGGCUGGAGACGAAUACGACUACCUCAGCUACGCCCAGGAGCGGGCCUUCUUCUUCCUAGGCGACUGUGUCCUGAUGGGUAUCAUCAAAAAGGAGGAGUUCCCGGAGGAUGUGCAGGCCCGCCUCAAGGUUGUUGACUUUUAA